AAAGCAUGCAAUAUGAUGUUGAACUAUGCGACCGAUCUCCUGCAUGCUCAUCAGAUCCGCCGAGAAAACGUGUUUUUAUACAGUGAGCUAGAGUCAUGCCGUAACGAAGUUGCUGAUCUCCGGAAUGAGAUGAAGCAAAUUCAAAUGGCCCGCAACUCUAGCGAUGCCGCUGCCAGGAAAGGACACGACUUGGCGACGGCCCAAAAAACAAAGCUGCAAGCUCAAGACCAGGUGAUAAGCCACCUCCAAGAGACAACCGACGUGCUCCAGAAUGAUCUCAUGGCGCUUACCAAGGCUUACGACCAGCUUCGCUACAAUGAAGAACACCAGCGGGUAGAGUUAGAACGGAAGAUCGAAGGACUCGAGAAGGACGCACAAGAGGCUUCAGAAGCACAUAGCCGAAGUAAUGUGACAUUUAUGGAGACAGUAUGUACCCUCCGGACCUCAAUUGAAAACAAGGCCGACGUUGCUCUUGUCAAUCUUUUGGUUGAUCGACUGAAGCACCUAAGCCCAGACUCACGUUCUUCGUCACCUUCGACGAGUAUUGUAUAUGAGAGUAUCGAGCAACAAGAGCCAAUUUCUCCCAAGACUUAUCGAAAGCACGGCAGGCCGGCUCACCAAGCCUCAACCCAUAAUGCAGAGCCGCCCGACAUCCAGGUUGAAGAUUCCCAAAAAUUGGAAAUGAGCAAGACUAUGAGAAGGGAAGCAGUGAACAAUUUCAGCCUAGAUCAACAUGACAGUCAACGUGGAACAACAGAGACAGAAGAUAUCGACCUUGAUGCAAAUGCGCCAACAAUCAGCUAUGCGGGUCACUAUCGUCCAGCACUGAACGAUCUAAAUAAAGGAGACUCACUGUCUAUGUUGCCUGAACUCAAUGUACAAGCUUCGAGACUCGCUCAGAUCAAAACUCUAAAGCAAGGGCGAUAUGAGGGUUGGGAUGCUUACUACGCAAAAGGGAAAGAUCUUAUAGACUCUUUGCCGCAGGAAUUCGAGACGACCAUCAUGCAACAAUUUGUGAAUGGUAUGUCGGAGGGAGUUCGGAGAGCACAGUGUCAUCAAUGGCUCGAAAAUGCAGGCUGGAAGUGGGAGAAUAUGGCCACCUUUGGAAUCCUUUGCUCGCAGAUCGAUGAUGGAUCUGGACGGCACAAGGGCUCGGAGAGAACAAAUGGGUCGCAACCA